UAAUAAAACAGCAUUAAAAUGCAAAAAAUAUCAGAAAAUCAUAGCAAGGUUAAAUAUUUCAAGGAAGAUGAUCAAGUGAAUCUAGAAAGAAACAAAAACCUAUAUAUUGCUGGAAAAAUAAGCGGUAUAGCUAUUAAAACUGUUUUAAAAACCGCUAAAUAUUGUUUUAUACCAACAGUCAAUGCGGCUGCAAAAGUCGACACUCCUAAAAAACCUCCACCGAUGAAAUACAAAGAUCUACCCAUUUACGACUGCCCUCAUAAUCGUUGGAAAGAGUUUGAGAACGACAAAAUCAAAUGCCCAGACCGGAAAGUAACCCACGAAUAUCUCCUACCAACAGUAACGGAAUACCGCAAGCAAGUAUCAGGAAUUAUCAACACAGCUACUAACGAAAUUAAGGAUACUUACAGAGAAAUCUCUAGAGAUUAUAGAUCAGCAGAGAAGAAAUUAUUGGACAAAGCUAGAUCUCCGGAUAAUAUUAAUCAGAGAAUGGCUUUAGUGGGUACUGCUGGUGUGGCUGGUUUCAUAAAAGGAAAACAUGUUCUACGGCGUAUAUUUCUAUCUAGUGCGCUCCUAUUCGUGACUGGAUCUAUAUGCUUUCCUACAGAGACGGAUGAAGCCACCAGGACAGUUCUGUAUAUGCUUGGGAAGGCAUUUGUGCCGUUAUACAACUUCUAUUUUAGAACUGAUUGGUUAAUGAGAGACAGAGUACCCUGUGAGAGGGAUAUGCCUAAAAUACCUCCGCCUACGAAACCUUUGCCUGCGUGUCAACCGAAAAAGUAA